UGAAGGCGUUAUAAUUGUUUACAAAAAUUACAAGUAUGACGUCCGAAACCGAAGUCACUAAUGUUUUUCGGGAGCUCUCCGAGAAUGAACAGGGGACUUUUCUCGAUGCUUCAGAGCUGCUCCUUAAAUAUGUGAAUAAUGUGAUCAGGCAACCAGAUGUGACAAAGUACCGAUCCAUUCGUCUCGGAAACAAGACGUUUGAGAGGCGUGUCAUGCCUGUAUCUGGAGCAUUGGAAUGUCUUUUCACUGUAGGCUUUGAGGAGGAUGAUGAAAAUAUUACACUGAAGGAAACCUCUCCAUUAGAUGGAAUAAGAACCUUCCAGAGAUUGUUGGCUCAGGAAAGGCUUGUUCUGAUAUCCAACCAGAUUAAUAAUCUCAUAUUUGUUCAGGCUACAGAACAGAGCUUUUCUCAGAAGAUACACAACUCUGCUGAGCAUGUGAUGAUGUAUGAGGAUCCUCUUCUCCAGCAGAAAGCAAGGGAUAAGAUACCAUAUGACGACCUGAAGAUGAAGGCAGACCAGAGACUUCACCGCAUCUCUUCUGCAUCAUCAGAUGAUAAUGGAGGGAUCCUCCCUGAUCUCAGAGACUGUCUUCUCCUGGAGCUGAUGAAAUGGUUCAAGGAGCGGUUCUUCCGCUGGAUGAACUCUCCCAAUUGCAGCUCCUGCGGAGGAAAGACAAGAGGUGUGGGAAAUCUACCGCCGACAACGGAGGACCGUCGAUGGGGGGCAGGUCAGGUGGAGGGGUACACCUGUCAGACGUGCAAUACAAUGGAGAGAUUCCCAAGAUACAACCAUCCUGAAAAGUUGUUAGAGACCAGAACAGGGCGAUGUGGAGAGUGGGCCAACUGCUUUACUCUCUGCUGCCGAGCGCUGGGGUUUGAAGCUAGACAUGUUGUAGACUGGACAGAUCAUGUCUGGACUGAAGUGUACUCUAACUCUCAGAAGAGAUGGCUUCACACCGAUCCAUGUGAAAACUGCUGUGAUAAAGCCUUGCUAUAUGAACAUGGUUGGAACAAGAAGCUUUCAUACAUCAUUGCUUUCUCCUUUGAAGAGGUUGUUGAUGUGACAUGGAGAUAUACUGCAAAGGAGCAAGAAGUGAUUGGACGAAGGAAAGAAUGCAGAGAGAAAUGGCUGAUGGAAUCAAUUGCAAAACUCAACCGAAGGAGACAAGGAAACCAAACUGGAUCAAGGAGGAGAGAGCUUGAGGAGCGGUUUGGUCAUGAGCUGGUGGAGUUCCUCUCGCCUAAGAUGACACAAGAUGGAGAGAGCCAAGGAAGAUUGUCGGGUUCGGCCGCUUGGAGGGUGGCCAGGGGAGAGAGUGGUGCUGGAGCAUCGACAGGGAGUAGUCAGACAAAGUAUGUCUUUCGUCCAACAGAAUCUGAGAAACGUGAGAAGCUCCUCCAUGUGCGCUACAACACUGCCAGGGAUAAGUACAUCAGGAUAUCAGAUGGGAAUCAGGAGACAGAGGACUGGGAGAAGUGUGCGUUCACCAACAUUUGUAUGACCAGGAAACAUGAGAUGGAUUGGCAGAUGGUAUAUCUAGCCAGGGAGGAGUCCAUGGAUAGGGGCUGGAUAUCGUGGAAGUUUGAUCUGAGCGGAUCAGGUUUGGUGGUGGAUAAGGUCAAAGUUCGCGCCAGCAGCAAGAUCUACGAGAAUGCGGAGGUCGAGUGGAUGCUAGAGGGGGAUGGGAAUUCUACAAAUCUAGAUGGAUCAGAUGCCAUUAUUGAAGUAACAGACUUGGCUGGAUCCGUUCACAUCGAGCUGAAGGCAGAGCUGAGCGGAGGGUCGAUGUGGCAGCACACGCAGCUGUUCAGACAGGGAGAGGAUGCUAACAAUGAAUUCCCUCUCGAUGUAUGCCUCUACCUCAAAGAGGGUUGAACACCUUCAUGGCAGAUAUCAGAUAACUUGUAUUUGUUUUAUCGGCAAUAUAGAGUACUGGUCAGACAUAAAGCUACUUAUCCCUGAUUUUACUACUACUUUUAUUAUAAAACCAGAGUCACAAAUAUUUUUCAUGGUCCAGAUAUGUGAUUGUGAAGGUUUCAUGCUCUAAACUAAUUGAUUUGCAACUCAUAUUUUGGUAAUUUGCAAUGGUCUUUUACUGUGGAAACAACUGUGUUUGAACUUUCAUGUCCUGAAAGAUUUUUCAAUAUAAGGCUUUCAUACAUACAUGGUGAAUAUGGUAACAAAAAAUGAACGAGGAGUGUGAAUACUUUGAAGGCAAUGCAUAAAUUGUGUGCACCAUCUCCACUCUCUCUUUAUAAAUAGUUUUUCAAUGCACCAAACACAUUCGUGCAUGCCAGCCAAUAACAACAUUCUUUUCAUUCUCCCGACCCUCCCUGUAAUUUCACAUUACCGGUACCUUUUAAAUGUGUUCAAUGUCUGUCUUGAACAGUUGUAGUGGAUAGAUAAUCAAUCAUGGAAAAAUAAAAUUGGGGUCAGGUAUUAAUGAAUUUCUAUUGUAACAAAAGGAAAUUCAAAUCAUGCAAUGGAUGAAAGCUUUCUAAUUUUAUAAAAAGGAAAACGAGGUCCACAAUUUUGUGGAGGUGUAAUUAGUUACCGUUAUUUUGAUAUUCUGAGCAAAGGAGUGUUUGAGUGUAUGCAGAGAUGAAAAAGUAAAUAUUUUAAUUUGGAGAUCAGGGUUCUUAUGUUAAUUUUGCCUUCGUUAUUUACGUAAUUAGUAGCACAAAUCAGAUGAGAAAUUUAUCAUUUAAUUAACUAUUAUGUUUUAAUUACAUGAACGACAAAAAAUAUUCAAUGUAAUGCAUUGUCUGUUUCUAGUUCUGAACAAAUGGAUAUGCAGGCAAUGUUAGUCCUGCUGUAUUAGGUACAAUUCCUAGAACAAUUCUGUUGAAAUAGCCUUGGAUUAUUGUCUAAGAGUCCCUUAGAUUACAUUAUUAAAUUUCAAAGAAUUUGUGUCCGUCCUCAACAAUUUGCUCUCAAAACAUUCCAGAAAAAAAGGGAGAGCCGUUUGUUAUGCCUCCAUCGAAUGUAUGUUUAUAUUAGGCGAGUGAAAAGGUAAAUAAAGGGCGAGAGAAAGUAAGACGAGGGAAAGAGGAAGAGGGAGAGAGAGA